UAUUUGCCUUUACUCGUCCAUUAUUUACCUUUUUGAAGAGGGGCUCUAAUAGUAACACAUAGGUCGUAAUCAUAUGUAAUUCGUAUAAAUUAUAGUUUCAAUUAUUUAUUACAUAUAUAUGUUACAUAUAGUUAGUUCAAACAAUUUGAAUAGGUACCUAAUUCAUAGUAUAAUUAUUUACAUUUGAAAUGGAAGCAGACGAAUUCUUAUCAGUAAAUAUUUUAAUUUAAUCGCGAAUGAGUUAUGCGUGGUGAUGUUUGUUUAGUGGCGAUCUUUCUACAUAUCAAAAUGUCAUGAACAAUGAUAAAAUAACUGUUAAAAAUAUUACACGUUCAGUGCUAUCAGCCUAUAAUAAUGCGUUUUGAUAAAAAUCUAUUAGUAAAAUUGUGCAAAUUGUCCGGCGCUCGCUCAAUAGCUAGUGCUGUUCCGGAAUUAAGAAUUUAUGAAGUGGGGCCAAGAGAUGGACUUCAAAACGAAUCAAAGUUUGUGCCAACAGAUAUUAAAGUAGAACUUAUUCAUAAAUUGGCUUCUGCUGGCCUGAAAAAUAUUGAAUCAGCAAGUUUUGUUAGUCCAAAAUGGGUUAAACAAAUGAGUGAUGGUGUGGAUGUUAUGAAUAAAAUUAAAAGACAACCUGAUGUGAACUAUCCUGUUCUCAUACCAAACAUUAAAGGAUAUGAAAUUGCUAAAAAAUGUAACAUCCAAGAAAUAGCAAUCUUUCCGGCUGGAUCUGAAGCAUUCUCACAGAAAAACUUGAACUGUUCUGUAGAAGAGGGGCUGAAACGUUUUAAAGAAGUUGCAGAACAAGCCAUCAAAGAUGGAAUACGAGUCAGGGGUUACGUAUCAUGUGUAUUAGGAUGUCCUUAUGAGGGCCCUAUAAGUCCAAAGGCUAUUGCAAAAAUAACUGAAGAAGUGCUUGAUAUGGGAUGCUAUGAAGUGUCUCUAGGAGACACCAUAGGAGUGGGUACUGCUGGUUCGGUGCGGCGAAUGAUGCAAGAAGUCUUACAUGUGGCAACACCUGAUAAGAUUGCUCUUCACUUUCAUGACACUUAUGGCCAGGGUUUAUCUAAUUUACUUGCUGGUCUUGAGUUUGGCAUCAGGACUGUGGAUUCUUCUGUCUCGGGCCUGGGCGGGUGUCCGUACGCCCGCGGGGCCAGCGGGAACCUCGCUACAGAAGAUCUUGUUUAUUUCUUAUACGGGUUGGGAGUCAACACAAACAUUGACCUAGUAAAGUUGGUGGAGGCGGGCCGCUUCAUAUCUAACUUCCUCGCAAAACCAACGGAGUCUAAAGUAAAUCGAGCAAUAGCGGAUCGAUUCAAAAAUAAUCAUGAUAUCAUUGCGAUUGCUUCUUGUACGACAUAAAUAAAACUCAAUUAAUAUUUAUUAAGAGUCGAAUAGUAAUUACAGUGAAUUUAUAUGCAAAACUGUCGUGAAUAAAUAUCAACUAUUGUUAACAAAAGAUGCACAUUAAACAUUGUUUUACAUA